AUGACCACCAAGUGGAACUUCAAGUCGAAGGACAAUGUCAUCGACAACAGCGACCUCACCCUCCUCUUUGCCGCCAAACCACCACCCUCCACCCAUGCCAAAUUCUUCGACCACGAACGCUACUGUAACCAGCCUCGCAACGCCAUCGACAUAGAUGCCUUUCAUCUCUUCGACCCUAUCACCUACCCAAGCACAAAGAAGCAUGUGAAGCAGAAACAGGACGGAUCCACCCAGCAAACCCCGGGCCAUUCCUUCCUUGCCGCUCUCUCCGCCCGCGACUUCAAGUCCCCAGAUGAGGUGAAACGCGCCCUCACCAACACCACACAGAAGAACAUGCUAAAAACCCAGGACACUACUCUCGAAUACCUCGUCUUCAAGCGCUCAAACGGCGAGCGAGUACACUUCUCUCCCACUGCUGCUGCUGCUACCGCGACAUCGUCCUGCGAGAACGAGAACCCGGUCGACGAUGCCGCCGCGCCUAGAAAUGCCCAGACCCAUCCCUUACGCAUCAGGGUCAGACAGGUCCCGUUGUAUAUCAUCCGGCCGUUAGAUGGCGAGCCGUACAUUCCUAGUCUGCUGAUCCGCCACCCAACGCGCGUAGCCGAUGUUUUCAUGGGCGAUGCGCAGACGCAUGGGAGGUUGGAGAGGGUGCAGAGUGUGCCCGUCUACAUCCCACGCGAGAUUGUGCUGCCGCCCGUUCAGCAGGGCAGUGAAGAGGCGUCUUCCGAGGAGGACGAGGCGGAGGAGGGGGCCAGCUGGCCCGAUGCGGGAUCGGAGGCGGUGGGAGAGCAGGAGGAUCCGUUCCCGGCUGAGAUGGGUGAGGUUGAGGCUGAGGAGGGGAGCGUUUGGGGUGAUGGGGAGGUGGAGGAGGGGUGGAUUCGGGAUGUUUAG